AGGGAAGGUGAGAGAGCGAGCGAGAGCGAGAGAGAGUGAGAGAGAGAGAGAGACAGCCCAAGCUGGGGGAGGGAAGCGAAAGCGAGUGACUAGUAGAGAACGGAGACAGCGGGAAGGGAGAGAAGAACAGGAACGUCCUGGGCCGAGUCGCUCAGAAGCCGCGGAGAUCUGAAUAUGCCGAUCCAAGAAAGUUCUUCAUAGCGAGUCUGAGGCCGCGGGUUGCUGACCAGAUUUCCAGUUGAGCUCAGGCUUGGAUGGGCUUUGUCUGCUGGUGCUACAAGACACCGAGAAAGCCCGUUAUCACUGAAAUAAAAGCAUCCUGAGGGGCGCUCUACCAAGAUGGACAUCAGCUUUCUCCUUCCAUAGGAUGGCAUUUCCAGACAGCUUGUUAUAGCAACAACUAGCUGUGGACUGAAACAACACCAGCUAUUUUUUUUUUUUUUUAACCGAGGCUUUUUUUUUCCCUUCAAAUUGCUUGAUUUGGCUCACGUACAAAGUUUCCACAUCCCUCCCAGCUGUCGGUGUCCUCCAGUGUGUGGAGUAAUCAGACAGAUAGUACUCAAGCCAAGGAGUCAGGAGGAUAUGGCUGCCUCAGACCGGAACCUUCCCAAUGGCUCGUGGCUUGACGCAGAUAGCUGUCAAUAUGCAUCCUGAAACAAUUAGAGCGCCAUUGAACGGAGACUCCACUUCAGGAAACGUCAGACUUUUUAAAUACGUCCCUUGAGGGAAUGAAGAAUGUCAUGUAUUUGUGCAGUCGGAGCAUUGUAAGUUGAAUAUUUCAAAUUUUAAUUUAUAACGAGAUUCAGUUGAAGAAGAUAUUUUAAGCACAUUUCCAUCUCUGGAAUUUAAUUAAGCAGGGAAUUUCUACUAAAAUAAUCCGGAUUGUAUGUAAUGCUUUAAAGAAGUGUGAUGACCUGAUUGUACUUGAUUUAAAUUAUGCAGCCCCCAGCAUAACUUCAGUAUUGUUUUGACUAUUAAUGGACAUUCUCAAGAUUCGGGAUGUUGCCAGUCGGUGGCAGUGCAUGAGGUGGAGGUGACCUUCAUCCAAGCCUUAAUUCUAUGGACAUAUCCUUUACUGAAAAGAAUACCUCUCCUGUGUUUUUUUUUUACCAAUGCCCUCGCCACCAGUGGAAUUACACCUGUCCUCCAAACGCAAUGUCUCUCACAUGAACUGAUGUACUUUCACCACACACUGGAGCUCCACAAGAUGGUUGUUACGGAGUGACUCGCUCGUUUUGGUAGAAAAGCCUGAAACAAACAUUGUGAGAGCUGAAAGUGCUAUGGCGGAGCAUACUGACCUGUUGGCAGAGAUGCAGGCUGUUAGCCGCAUGACCACUGCCGAGAGACUUAAACAUGCCCAGAAACGUAGAACGCAGCAGCUUAAAGUAUGGGCUCAGAUGGAAAAGGAAGCCUCUCAGAAGGACAAGGAAAAGCGCAAAAGCAAGGUGAAAAAGAGCCGGCGGGUAGUUUUCCCUGACAGUAUCACCUUGCUGGAGGCUGCCACCAGAAACGAUGUGGAAGAAGUGCAGAACAUGGUGAAGAGUGGCAUCAGUCCGGACCUGUACAAUGAAGACGGCCUGACUGCACUUCACCAGUGUUGCAUCGAUGACUUUGAGGAGAUGGUGCGUAUCUUGCUGGAAGCUGGGGCUGAUGUCAAUGCCUGUGAUAGUGAGCUGUGGACUCCACUUCAUGCAGCUGCCACAUGUGGACACCUCAGCUUGGUAGAGCUGCUCAUCAGUCAUGGUGCCAACCUGCUGGCAGUUAAUGCAGAUGGAAACAUGCCAUAUGACCUUUGUGAGGAUGAGAUGACACUAGACUACAUAGAAACAGCAAUGGCAAACCAGGGUAUCACACAGGAGAAGAUCAAUGAAUGCCGUGUAGCCAAAGAAAGUCAAAUGGUUGCAGAUAUCAGGGCGCUAAUUCAGGCUGGGUCUGAUCUCAACACUCCGGAUGGUAACAAGGCGUCUCUAUUGCAUAUUGCUGCUGCCAAUGGCUACCAUACAGCUGCUGAACUUCUACUGGAGCAAAAAGCCAAAAUAGAUCUGAAAGACUGUGAUGGAUGGGAGCCUCUACAUGCUGCCUCCUGUUGGGGACACAUCCACAUGGUGGAGUUACUGGUGGCCAACGGAGCCAACCUGAAUGCAAAGUCUUACAUGGAUGAGACUCCUUUAGAUGUAUGCGCUGAUGAUGAAGUGCGAGCCAAACUGUUAGAUCUGAAGCGAAAGCAUGAUGCCAUCAUGAAGUCUGAAGAACGGCAUAAAUCUUCCCUACAGAGACGAGCUUCCAGCGCUGGCAGCCGGGGGAAGGUAGUACGGCGUGUCAGCGUAAAUGAACGCUCCAGUUUGUAUCGUCGAGAACAUCAGAAGGAGGCAAUCGUUUGGCAGGAACGGGGGCAGGAAGUGGAGCUGCAGGAUGAUGACGAGGACAAACAGACGGACGCAGAACUCAAACAGCAUACAACUUUGAGUUCCGCCAAUGAGUCCCAUGGAAAUCAAGUUGACCCAAUGCAAGAAAGUUUGUUCAGUAAGUCUGAGACCAUCGUGGGGAAUGGCUCUGCCUCAUCUUCCAGCCUUCCAGGAGAGCCUCGAGGGAGCAAACUGGACCGCAGUGCUUCAUAUCAGAUGGCCACAGGAGCACAAGAGGACGCUGUCGGCAGUGACCUGAGCAAGGAGGUAUCCCACCACACUCUAGCUGACCUAAAACGGCAGCGUGCCGCUGCCAAAUUACACAAGCAAUCGCCUCUCAGCACUGGUGAGGACUUGUCGCAGAUCUCUUUAGAGACCGUCAGGAGUAACACAGAAAGUACUGUUUAUUGUACCCCAGCAAGUGGUGACCCUCCCUUGCUUAAGCUGAUUGCCCCAGAAGAGGAUCCCCCACCUGAAAAAAAUAGAUGCUGUAGCCUUAUGUAGAUCUGAAACACUGCCAUGAGGCCAUCAGCCCAGUUUGAGAGCCUGCCAAAGGACCUCUGCUUGGCAGUCUUGGGGGCCAUUGUCCAUCUGAGACAUAAGCAGGGGCAUCUCUACUCUCUCAUCAUGGCUGGGACACCAGCCCAUUUUGAAUUGCUCUUACUUUUAAAUGGCAUUAUUUUAUAAAGAAACAAAUCUUGUAUAUUUUAUUAAGAAAUUGAUCAUGAAACAGAGCAGAAACCUAGUGGUGCAAUAAAUACAAUGCCUGCAGUAACACUGACUGUGGCCAUAUCAGGUUGCAGGCUGUGCGACCUUUGCUUAUAUUUGCAGAGCUUGCUUUACUCCUCAAGAUGCUCCCACUUGCAGGGCUGGGCUGGACAGGGGCUCCUUCAGCAGGACCACCAGACCCCAUGCAGUCAGCUGCUUUAGCCAUAUUUUGCUAUAUGCUGUUCACAGACAUGCACGUGUAGGUAUUCAAUCAUGAGAUAAAUGUGAUCAGGUUUUCAUUUAUAUUUUAACAAGGUCUUAAAGGGGAUCUGAUAAGAAAGACUCAAUACUCCAUUCCCUCACUCCUUGAGCAAGCUGUUUGAUUCCAGUGUCCUACGUAGGAGUGUCGCUUGAAGAGUAGUUUAAAGAUUUCACUCGGAGGAGACUCUUGGUCUGUUUUUUGUAAGUUGGUCUAAACCACAGCAGCAUUUCAUAAUUGAAUUACCAUCAAGACAGGAAAAAAAAUCACCAACAUUUUUUAAUUUUUUUAUUCUUUAUAAAAAUAUAGUUUACCAAAACUAGAUCAAGCAGAAAGAUAACAUACAUGAAAGAGCGUGGAGAUGUCAGAAGUACGAAGGACAUGCUAAACGGAGCUGUGUAUAUACUGUAUCUAGCAAGUGAUUGGGGCAGCAUGAUGACUGACUGGUUAGCUGCCAUAUCUCUUCAUGCUGAGGGCAUCUGGUUUAUUAUCGCUGAGAGCACCUUUAUGUACAAAUUUAAAAUAAAUAAUGAAGAAAUGGCCCGUGAAAUGGUGACUGCAUAGCGGUGCAGGCAUGUGGACAAAUCAGGUAAUCUGCUUACAGGUAAUAAUUGUUAUAUGUCAUUUGUUUAAGGUAGGCACACAAUCAGAAAACAUGCAGAGUGUGUGUGUAUAUAAUGUGCACACAGGAUAUGUUUUAUAUGCAUAAACACACUGACUGUAUGCAGUAAGUACAUACAUACAUACAUUAAUAAUAAAUAACUGUUAUACAGUUUACCAUAUGUAGUAUACGACUGUCUAUGUCAUAUACUGAUGUCUUGUAGACUGUGCAUAUGCAUAUACAAACUAAGAGAAUUGAAUUUGAGUCAAAUAUCCAUGUAGAUAUUUUUAGAUACUGUAUGCGUAUGCAAAAAUUCUUUGUGAUUAAACAUAUUCAAAUUAUAUAUACUAUUAUCCUGUGCAUAUGUAGGCCGUUAUAUACAGAUCUUUAAAAUACUGUAUA